AUGGACGUUAUCAUGACCAAUUACGACGCCAUUACUUAUUAUAAGGGUAUAUCUGUGGUACGCAUGCUUAAACAGAUGGUCGGUGACACCGCUUUCAAUAACGGAAUUAGGUCAUACCUAGAUGAUUAUGAAUUUAGCAGUGCCAAUGCUGAUGACUUAUGGGAAGAGUUUACAAGGGCAACUGGCGGAAGUAUACAAGUAAAAGAAUUGAUGGACUCGUGGAUUCUACAGCAAGGAUAUCCAGUGGUUGAUGUUAUAAAAAGUACUUCAGCUUCUGGGUCACGAGGAAUACAACUUGACCAAUCACUGUUCCUUAUCAAACCAGAUGACGUUUCUUUUGAUUAUUUGACAAGUUCUUACAGCUACAAAUGGUACCUUGAGUUUACAAGUAUAACAGAAAACGACGACACUGUGCGUACAAAUUAUUUGGAAAUGGACAAUCGUAAGUUUUAUUGA